AUGUACGUCUCGCUCAAUGAUACCCAUGUCUCGAAUGAGACCACUAACCACAUGCUGCCUAGUAUCAUUUUGGGGUUCUGCUUUCUGGUGGGCGCCCCUGGAAACGCACUGGUCAUCGGGGUGAUCCUUUCGCAGACAAAGCGCCUGACUUUCACCCUGAGGCUGAUCGCCAACCUGGCCGUCACCGAUCUCUUAGCGCUCCUCGUCCUGCCUUUCUGGAUCUAUGCUCUGGUGGACUCCUGGAUUUACGGCUGGCUAGGGUGCAAGAUCUUGUCCUUCGUUGUGUAUUGCUCCAUGUACGCCAGCAUCUUCUCGGUGUUGAUGCUGAGCCUUCAUCGCUGCGUUCUGGUGCUAGCACCCCUCUGGAGAUGGAAAUCAAAAGGAGUUAAACUUGGCAACAGGCAAAGUGGCUGUCUGCUGGCUGGACUGUGGUGUGCCUCCGCCUUGCUAACAGUGCCAGUCCUUGAACCUCGCAGCGUAAUGCUGCGGGACGGACGUUUUAGCUGCAUCGCCUCAGCGUACACGUCCAGAGCGCAUGAAGUUGCACUCCUGUUACUGGAGACUCUGCUGGGCUUCGUCAUCCCGUUCCUCGUUAUAGCGAUCUCCUACUGUCUCAUCUCGAAACGCAUCACUGAGCGGGGCUUCUUGUGGAGAAGGCGGCUGACGAGACUCACAGCAUGGAUUGUAUUCACCUUUUUCAUCUUUUGGUUCCCUUACCAUCUGGUUAACUUGGUGAAAGUGGGCGCUAUGCUUCGACUUAGCAACAGCGAGGAGCUGCACAUCCCCAGCGUCUGGGUAAAUGCUGCUGGCGCUUUGACUUUCAUCAACAGUUGCUUGAAUCCCUUUAUAUACGCGUUUACUACCAUUAGACCAAGAAAGGACACACAUGAUCAGUCGACGUGGAAACAGUUAUGUCAAUCGUGCUGGUCGCAACUCAGAGAGGACUUGCCAUCUCAGAUUGGCAGUGAGGAGUCGCGCAAAGCUGCAGUCAGGCGUGCAGACUCCUCCAACAGCUGA